UAUUGUCCCCCACGCCCCCGGACUGUCCGGGCCAUCUCCUCUCGUGAGACUCGGGGAAAGCCCGAGGGGCUGCGAACCCCAGGGUGGACUGGGUGUGGGGCGCGAGCCGCCGUGGGAGCGCGUGCCGCGGUCUCGGGCCUCUCGCGCCGGCCACCGCCGCGCCCCGCCCCCUCGGCACGCAGACCCCGCGCGAGCUCGCGCACGCGCGCGCACUCGCCAGAGCCUGGAUCGGGACAGCCGGGACUGGGGGGGCGGAGGCCGGGCCGCUGAGGUACGAGGGGCGGAGCCCGAGCCGCCGUCGCCGCUGCUGCUGCCGGCGAGGGAGAGGAGCAUGUCUGCAACUCGAGCCAAGAAAGUGAAGAUGGCCACCAAAUCAUGCCCCGAGUGCGACCAACAGGUCCCUGUUGCAUGUAAAUCUUGUCCUUGUGGUUACAUAUUUAUUAAUAGGAAAUUUCUAAAAAUAAAACACUCAGAGAAAUCACCACCUUUUACAGAAGUGAACAAUACCAUAUCUUUGAAAGAUUUGCGAAUACUUUUUUUAUAUGAAUUUAAACUGGGACAUAGUGCAGCUAAGGCAAGUAGGAACAUCAAUUCGGUUUUUGGAAAAGGCUCUGUUAGUGAAAGGACUAUCCGGUGGUGGUUUGAAAAAUUUCGUUCUGGGGAUCUGAGUCUACAAAAUGAGCCUCGAGGAAGACCCAAAUCUGUUUUAAAUGAAGAUCAACUGAGAGCCAUGGUGGAAGCUAACCCCAAAACAGCAAUUCGAGGCCUUGCGGCAGACUUAGGAGUUUCUGCUACAACAAUUUCCCGACACCUGGCUGCAAUAGGGAAGGUGAAAAAAUUGGACAAGUGGGUAGGUACCACACCAGUUGAUGGAUGAUCAUAAACUGAGAUGGUUAAAAUUUGAAAGAGCAGAGACUUAUUUUGGAGAGGAUCAUAAGCUUUGAUUAAAAAAAAACGGGUACCGUAUGGUAAUUGAAAGUGAUCUGGGCCGAGCCCGUGGUGCACUCCGGAGAGUACGGCGCUGGGAGUGCGGCGACGCUCCCGCUGUGGGUUCGGAUCCUAUAUAGGAAUGGCCGGUGCACUCACUGGCUGAGUGCCGGUCACGAAAAAGACAAAAAAAAAAAAAGUGAUCUAAUCAAUCGUUGGAUGUUGGUGAAGUUCUCAAAUAUUUGUUAAACCAUCCCUGCAACCAAAAAAACUUCUGGUUAACCAUAUGGUGGUCUGCAAAAAGGAUAUUUCAUUACUGGCUUUUUACCCAGGUUAAAACUAACAGUAGCAUCUUAUUGUCAAGAAAAAUUAUGCAUCAAAAAUUGAUCUAAAAAUGCAUUGGUUAGUAGACAUGGACCUUUUUCAUGACAACAUUCAACCACAGGCAACACAAACCACCAUAGCAAAGUUAACUGAAUUGGUCUAAGAAAUUUUGCUUCAUCCUUCUUACUCAUGGGACUUUUUUCAACAGUUUACCACCCUUUUCAUCAUUUGGAACUUUCUAAGAAACAGAACAUUUCCAAUUUGAGAAGCAAUAGUUGGAGGGUUUGAAUAAAUUUUAACAAUGCUGAAUUUUAUAAACAUGGUAUAUAUCAUUUCAUAUUUGAGAAAAUUUAUCAUUUGGGGAAUUCUUAUUUAGGGAAAGUGGUUAAUGCUAACAGUGCAUAUUUUGGUUGAAUAAAGUAUUUUUCUCAAAAAUAAAACAUUUUCAUUUUGAUCUACAAAAAGUCAGUUUUACAUAGUUCAACCUGAUACCUUCCCCCUCUCUGGCAAAGCAUGAAGACUGAAAGGUACCCAAGGUGCUGGAAAACUGCAAGUUGCUCCUGAGUUUUUGGGUUUCACUGGAGAAAUAUGAAGCAUUUCCAGUGUAUGUAAGGAGUCAGCCAUGCAAAGAUCUGGGUAAAGAGGGUUCCAGGGAGAUGAGAAAAGCCUAUAAAGUAUCUUUUUUUUUUUAAAAGAUGACUGGUAAGGGGAUCUUAACCCUUGACUUGGUGUUGUCAGCACCAUGCUCUCCCAAGUGAGCUAACUGGCCAUCCCUAUAUAGGGAUCCAAACCCGUGGCCCUGGUGUUACCAGCACCACACUCUCCAAGUGAGCCACGGGCCGGCCCUAAAGUAUUUUUUUGAAUAAAGAAAUGAAAGCAUGUUUCUAACACCGAAAGCCAUGCACACAGUAGACAUGGUGCAGUGAAUGCUUUUGGAUGAUAAUAUUCUGUCACACAGAGCCAGUCUUUCAUGUGCUUUUCAUUUCAAUUCUAGAUUUUUUUAAAAGUAGGCAGCCUAUUAGAGACAAUAGUUAGUAGCCUCUUCAUGGUUUUAUAGCUAGAUUACAGUUACUCUUUUUGGCAUCCAGGGAUUAAGUUGGGCUAAAGAAACUGAGAUGGUCUUCUUCUUGCCUCUUUCCUCAUGACAAACUACUACGUCUAUUCCAUGAGGGAGAGUUAAGGAAGCCUUUUAAGGUGAGGGAAGAACAUCCUGGAAUGGAUCUUACCUAGAGAAAGAGAGAGAGGAAUGGAGGAAGGGAUAGAGUGAAAGUCACCUAAAGUAUCCAGUCCAUACACUGGUUUUAAAAAAUAAAUAAAUAAAUCACCUAAAGUAGAACUGACCGUGAGCUUCAGGAUCAAAGGACCACAGGACACUUUAAUGCAAAAAAAAAAAAAAAAA